AUGCGCGCGGCUCAGACCUCGGUGCAGCUGGGGGUCGUGCCACUCCUCCUGCGCCCCCUCCACGCCGCGCUGCUCGGGGCUCUGUCUGUAGGUCUCCUGAUUCCGAGGCCUCGGCACCGCGGGGGCGGGCACUGGAUGCGCCCCGACGGGUCACCCACAGCGCCCUGGAACGCUGCGUCCCGGCGGGCAGAGAGGGGUGUGCUGUCGCGCGGGCACGUGCGGGCGUCGGGGUGCGCGUGGCGCGGACGUGAGCGCCCGCGGGCUCCACCGCAAACCCAGCUGAACGGUGCCCCGGCGUCCCCCGGCCUGGCAGCCUGGCGCGCCGCAGCCGGUGUGGGCCUGGCUCAGUUUCUUCUGCGCAGCCAGCUGCACGCGGGGGCCGGCACAGGCUGCCUCCGCUCCCGGCAACCCCCAGCAGAGCCGAAUCCCCCUGGGGCCGCACCCCACCUCGAGAUGCCGGGCUCCCACUGGCUCUCUCGGAUCCGCAGGGGACGGUCCCGGCGGCUCGUGCGCCUGCCGGACUGGCUUCGAGCGCCCUUCCCUUCCUGCCGCUGGUCCGCCGGGCCCUCCUCGGACCCUCCCGGCGACCCGGCCUCGGUCAUCCUGCGAAUCCCAAGGGCAGAGGCCGAUCCCGGGCCCGGCCACCCAUCAGGUCAGCGGCAGCCUGCCGCUGCCCCACCCGCGUGCACAGCCGCGAGCACACGCGCCUCGCACACGCGUACACACUCAACCCCUGCCCCACCCCCAGGCCACAAGUACAAGUGUGGAAAUCGCUCACAGGCGGCUGCAGCGGGUGGCGGCGGCAGCGGGAUGCGGUCGCCAGAGGACGGCAAGGAUGUGGGAUCGCGGCUGCGGUUCCAGACCCUUCGCAGCGGGCGGGGCGGGGGCGGGGGCGGGGCCGAGCGCCCAGACCGAGGCCGCGGUUGCCAGGGAUACCGGCGGGAUCUGGGGGUGGCGGGACCCAAGAAGCUUCCAGAUGCACCCCCACGUCAGACCCGCCGCCUGCCAGCUAUGCCUCGCCUGCCCUCUACCAGCUGCUCCGGGGCUCUAGGGGCAGAGCCAGGCUGCCCAGACGUCCUCAAGACGCCUGUCAGUGCAGAGCUCAUCCUAGUCGCCAGCCUGGUGGCUGUGAUGCUGCAGGAAGCAGGCACGGUGCCAGCGCCACAGGUCUCCGCCAAGCUCAAAGGCAAGGACAGGGUCUCGGAGCAGGACACAGAGGAGGCCUGGAAGGCCAGAGCACUGGACACCCUGGAGAAACAUGACCUGCUUGCGGGGCUCCUCCCCCUGCUGAAGGCCCCUGCCACCACCACUGCCGAGGAGAAGCUGCCAGGUGCCAACGCCUGGGUGGAGGCUGAGGACAUUCUGGCCCAAGUCCAGAGUCCCAGUCAGGGUCCUGAGCCUGACCGAGACAGCCUUUACCACCCCCCAGCUGAGGAGGCCCAGGGUGAGGAGGGGCCCUGGCCUCGGGCACUGCUGUCUCUCCAGAUCCUUCAGGGGCCAGAGGAGGACCGUGACCACGUUUACCACGCUGCAGGGCCCUGA